CUCUAACCACCGCCUCCUUUCACAAGCAGAGCCCCUCUGAGCUAAAAUAUGUUUCCACGCUGCCUGAUUCUGCUUUUUCUCUUUGGAAAUGUCGCCAAAGGAACAACAACAACGGAGGCAACUAACGUGACUACAACUACUUACAGUACUAAGAAUGGCAACAACACAACCAUAAAUCUCUUAACAGAAUCAAAAAGUACUGUAGCUUUGGACAUUACCACAGUAAAAACAUUAGAGACAUCAUCAGUUCCUCCUAAGAUAACCACAGCGUAUUCAGUUAACAGGAACAAUACUGAGAACAUCACCACAGGAAGCCUAAGCAACUCUCCUACUGCCUUCAUCACUGGAGGAACCACAUUGGCAGAGAAGAGCAGUUCACCUUCUACAACUGCUGCACCUACUCCAAUCGACAGCACACAAAUUAGCACAUUGAUGCCAACCACUGAUAACACUUCAACAGAUAUACCAAUUACCCUAACAAGCAAAAAUAUGGCUACCGCUGCUUCAGUCACCCCAACAACAAAUAAAACAGAUGUUACCAUCACAGCUUCAAGCAACAAUCCAACUACAGUUUUCAGUCCAACAAACAACGAUGCAGCGUACAGUGAUACCACUGAAAGUGCCUCAAUCACCCUAACCACCGAAAAUUUGACGCAAUAUCCAUCUACUCAAACAAACAAUGACACAACUACAAAUAUUCCAAUCAUGUCUACAAGCAACUACGGAACUUCACUAGCUUCAGUCACUCCGAUGAGCAACAAUAUGACUACACUGGCUGGCAGCACUGAAACUACAGCAGCUUCGACAACACCUACGAGCAAUGUUAUGACUACAGAUGCAUCAAUCACUACAUCAAGUAAUACAACAACUGCAGAUAUUUUAAUCACGCCAACGGUCAACAAUGAAACUACAACUGAUUUGACCACACCAACAAGCAACAACAAAACUACAGUGGAUCCAAUCACACCAACAAGCAACAAUGAAACCACAAUCGAUCCAAUCACACCAACAAGCAAUAAAAUUACUACAAUUUCAAUAACUCAGACAAGCAAUAAUGAAACUACAACAGAUCCAAUCAUACCAACAAGUAACAAAGAAACUACAGCUACUCCAAUCACCCCUACAAGCAACAACAAAACAACAGCGAUUCCAAUCAGACCCACAAGCAACAAUGAAACAACAACAAUUCCAAUCACUCAGACAAGCAACAAUGGCACUACAACGGAUCCAAUCAUACCAACAAGUUACAACGAAACAACAGUUCCGAUCACACCAACUAACAACAACAACUCAACUGUUCCAAUCAACCCGACAAUCAAUAGCAUGACUACAAAUGGGUCGAUUGUACCAACAGACAACUAUACAACCAUGUCUGUGACACUUACACCGCUAGGCAAUGACACAACGAUCACAACAACAAACAACUACACCACUUAUAAUGUGCCAAUUACAACUCCAACUGCUGAAAAAACUACAAGCGCACCUGUUACAUUCACCAACAAUGUCACAACAACAGCUACAAGUGACAAUGUUACUCUUAGUCCACAAAGCACAUCCACCAGUGUAACUAUGGUUACCUCAAACAAUGAUACAAUCACUUCAACAACCACAGAGAUGGGAAACAACUCAACUUUUACUAGCACCACUCCACAGACCAACAACAUGACAACAACUAUAAGUUUGGUUACAUCAGAUCAAACUCUUACCACACAUACAAGCUCUGUUGGAGCUUCUGAGAGUCCUACAUCAACUGUCAAUCCAUCCUCUUCACUCAUCUCAAGCCCUCAGCCAUCCAGCACCACCCCAGGCAUGAGCAACUCUACCACUGCUGGCAAUACAACCAACAGUCCUUCAACAGUACACUCAGCAGUUACCAACAACACUAUGGAUCAAACCACCACUAUAAGUUCUAUAAUCACAAAUUCAACCAUGAACACCAUUCCCACCCUGGACACCAACACCACCACCAGUGGAGCCACAGAGGUUGUCACUACCCUUCUCACAACAGGAAGAACCAGCAGCAGCCUCUCCACAGAGGUUCCGCUCACGCUGAUCCCUGUUAUUGAUUGUUCCUCCACCAAAUGUCCUGCUAAAAGCAUCUGCCUCAAUGGCACCUGUCAGUGUCUCACUGGCAACUUUCUACAUAAUGGACAAUGUGUUCCAGCCCAAAUAUUCCCAGGAAGGCUUCAUAUCCUGUCUCUAACAUUUGAGAAUCAAAUGAGCAACAGGUCAUCCAACAUCUUUCAGAGGACAGCAGCAAAUAUCUCAGCAGAGCUCAGAAAUCUCCUAAGAAAUGAGCCUGGAUAUAGAGGAUCAGAAGUUGUUCGGCUAGAACCUGGAAGUGUGGUAGCAAGUGUAAAUAACAUCUUUGAAAACAGUCCUGCUACUCAAGAAUCUUUUGAUGAGGUCAUUAAAAAUGCUCUAGGAAGCUCCACAGGACUUCUGAGUAGGGCAACAUACACAGCAACGGAUCUGUGUAAGGUGGAGCCAUUACCUUGUGAGGCCUCUAGUACAAAGUGCACAAGUGAGAAAGGCCAAGCUUCUUGCUCCUGUAAAGAGGGAUACAUCUCCAUAGUCUACUCCACCACCAGCUGUAAAGCUUGUCCAAGUGGGCAGCAGGCAGUGGGGGACAAAUGCCAAACAUGUCCAUUUGGGUAUGCUGGUUUCAACUGCAAUGACUCAUCAUUACUGGCAGUGGUGAUCGUCUCCUGUGUGUUAGGAGGACUUCUCCUCAUCCUUCUUCUAGCUUCGCUGGUUUACUGUUGCUGGAGAAGAUGUUCAAGAAACAAACCUGACCACCACACCAGUCCAUACUCUGAGGACUUAAACAAAUCAUGGCCCAUUAGCAUCACCCCCAUCCCACGUGCAAACUCCAACUGGGACUCAGCCGCUUCCAUAGAGAUGACAGAAGGGGGCAGCACCAACAUGCUGGUGGACAAAAAGCGACAAAGCAAUGGCCUUGGGUGUCACCUGAAGCAGAAAGGAUGGAAAAAGUCAGGAUCGUAUGAGCUGAACCCAGAGGAGAUGAAGACCUUCAAAGGUAAAAACACGUCCCGUUACUCCUAUCUGGUCGAAGGGCACGAGAACCCCUACUUCCUCCCUGGUGAUGAGAAGAAAAACUGAGACAACAAACUCCUCAAAGAAAUGAUCAAAUUCUCUGGGACAACUGGUACACUUUCACAGCGGGAUCAGGCUAUUCAUGAAGACAAUUCAUGUGACGAACCUGCUUUAAUUAAUGAAGAAUCAUCAAUAUGCUGAAAAAAACCCCAACAAAAACUGUAACCAAAGGGAUUAAAGUGGAGAUGUUUUUUUCCUGUUAUUUUCUUAAGUAAAUGUGUGAAUCUUGUCUGCUUUUAAGAAGCACAGCCAGUAGGUGUCAAUGUUGCUUUUUAUUAAUGCAGUUCAUUUUGUCUUAAGAAAUCAUCAUGUAGUAUAUUUUUAUAAUUAUGCUUCCUUCGCUGAUUGCACUGAAAUGUGUUUGUGUGUGUGAGACGUUUACCUCUACCUUUCAAUCAAAGGUGAAUUGAAUCAUGGUUUUUAGAAUGGAAUGACCAGUUCUUAGAAAACAACCUUUAAAAGAUCAAAGGGGCUGGAUCCCUGGCUUGGAUUGUUUUUAAAAAAUGUAGCAGUCUAGUGUGGAGGAUUACAGAAUGUGCCUGAAUUAGUCGUCAGUUUUACAAAUAGGAAAUAUUAUGCAACGCUGGUGAUAAAGCCUGUCUUUUGGAGGUGCCAAUUGCCACUUGUAUAACUCUUUAUUUUUUUUUGGAGUGGGGGGGGAUCUAUACUAAUAUAUUUACCUUUUUGUGAAUAAAAUAGCUACGUUUUGUAUAUAAACUUUUUUGUUUUGUAAAAAUAAUGAGAUUUAUUUGGUUGGGAGUGUGUGUUUGUGU